AGGUAGAGAGAAAUAAAUCUUCAGACUCUCUUGUAAUUUUGACACUAACAACCCAAAAAUUUCUUAGUGUCUUGCAAUUUUGGACGAACAACGUCCCCGAGUAUGGCUCCAACGACAAGAUCAAGUGACUUUUCUCUUGGAUGGAGUUGGGACGUCUUUUUGAGCUUUAGAGGUGAAGACACUCGCUUCACUUUUACCGAUCAUCUUCAUUCCGCUUUGUGUCGGAAGGGUAUCCGCACCUUCAGAGACGAUGAAGGACUUGAUAGAGGAGAAGAGAUCGGGUCAUCACUCUUGAAGGCUAUUGAAGAAUCGAGGAUGUAUAUUGUGGUUUUUUCGAAAACCUAUGCUCACUCAAAAUGGUGCUUGGAUGAGCUGGCCAAGAUCAUGGAGUGCAAGACACAAAAGGGACUGAUGGUUGUGCCAGUUUUCUACCAUGUGGAUCCAUCUGAUGUGCGAAAUCAGACGCGGAGUUUUGGAGAAGCAUUUGAUAAAUACCAGAAGGUCCCGGAGGAUAAGGUGAUGGGAUGGAAGGCGGCGUUAAGGGAAGCAGCCAAUUUGUCUGGAUACCAUGUGCAGGAUGGGUAUGAAUCACAGGCUAUUCAGAGAAUUGUUCGAGACAUUUUAAGAAGGAAUCCUAAACACUUACAUGUUGGUGAUAAGCUGAUUGGAAUGGAACGCCGUCUAAAGGAAAUGGCCUCGCUAAUAUGUAUUGACUCAAAUGAUGUCCGCAUGAUUGGGAUAUAUGGAAUUGAUGGAAUAGGCAAGACAACUCUAGCCAAAGUUGUGUAUAACAAAAUUGUUCAUCAAUUCGAUGGUGCUAGCUUUCUUUUGAAUAUUGGUAGUCAAAAGACGGACACGGAUUUGCUUCAGUUACAAAAGCAACUUCUUAGAGAUAUUCUAUGGGAAGAUAUUCGGACCAUAAGCGGCAUUUCUGAAGGGAGUUAUGAAAUAAGGCGUAGGUUUAUGUAUAAAAAGGUUCUUGUUGUUUUUGAUGAUGUUAAUGAUUCUGAUCAAUUGGAAUCCUUAGUUCAAAAUUGGAGUAAAUUUGGUCUAGGUAGUAGAAUUAUUGUAACAUCUAGAGACAAACAUUUGUUGGUUGAGUUGGGAGUGGAUGCAUCAUAUGAGGCUAAGGAAUUAAAUUGUAAGGAAGCUAUUCAACUCUUUUCUUUGCAUGCGUUUCACAUGAACAGUCCUCAAAAAGGUUUUAUAGGCCUAUCGAGAUGCAUAGUAGAUUAUUGUAAGGGACUUCCAAUAGCUCUUGAAGUUCUAGGUUCUCUCUUGUUUGGUAAGAAAAAAUUUGAAUGGAAAAGUGUACUACAAAGGCUGGAGAAACGACCUAACAUGCAAAUCCAAAAUGUUCUUAUGAGAGGUUUUCAAACACUGGAUAUGUUAGAAAGAAAGAUAUUUCUAGAUGUUGCAUGCUUCUUCAAAGGAGAGGAUUUGGAUUUUGUUCAACGAAUACUUGAUGCUUGCCAUUUCUAUCCAAAAUGGGGAAUGCAAGUGCUUGAUGACAAAUCUCUCAUUAGUAUUUUUGACAAGAAGUUAUUGAUGCAUGAUUUGAUGCAAAAAGCCGGUUGGGAAAUUGUUCGGGAGCAAUAUCAUAAUGAACCUGGCCAAUGGAGCAGAUUGUGGGAUCCUGAAGAUGUUUAUCAUGUAUUGACAACAAAUACGGGGACAAAGCGAAUUGAAGGCAUAUUCCUAAACAUGUCCGUAUCAAAUGAAAUACAUCUUACCUCUUAUGCUUUCAGAAAGAUGACAAGACUUAGAUUGCUCCGAGUCUAUCAAAAUGCAGAAAAUAAUUCUAUAGUUUCUAACACCGUCCAUCUUCCUCGAGAUUUUGAAUUUCCUUCUCAUGAGUUGAUAUAUCUCCAUUGGGAUGGAUGGACUUUGGAGUCAUUGCCAUCAAAUUUUGAUGGUGAGAAAUUGGUUGAACUCAGUUUGAAGCAUAGCAGCUUAAAACACCUCUGGAAAAAGCGUAAGUGUCUUCCAGAGUUAAGAGUCAUCAAUCUCGGUAACUCCCAACAGCUUGUGGAAUGUCCAAACUUGUCUUUUGCACCACAUGUGGAGCGGCUAAUUCUUGAUGGUUGUACGAGUUUGCCUGAGGUGCACCCAUCAGUUACAAAGCUGAAGAGACUUAGGAUCUUGAAUAUGAAAAACUGCAAAAUGCUUCACUAUUUUCCAACCAUCACUGGAUUGGAAUCACUUGAAGUUCUCAACUUCUCCGGCUGCUCUAAACUUGACAAGUUUCCAGAGAUCCAAGGGUAUAUGGAAUAUUUGUUGGAGCUUAAUUUGGAAGGGACUGCUAUUGUAGAACUUCCCCCUUCAGUGGUGUUUCUCCCAAGACUUGUUUUAUUGGAUAUGCAAAACUGCAAAAACCUUAGGAUUCUUCCAAGCAACAUUUAUUCUUUGAAAUCCCUGGGAACUCUGGUGCUCUCUGGCUGUUCAGGUCUAGAGAGGUUUCCGGAAAUCAUGGAGGUUAUGGAAUGUUUACAAAAGCUUCUUUUAGAUGGAACAUCUAUAAAAGAGCUGCCCCCCUCAAUUGUUUAUCUAAAAGGCCUUCAGUCAUUGAGUCUGAGAAAAUGCAAAAACCUCACAAGUCUUCCGAAUAGCAUUUGCAGUUUGAGAUCCCUUGAAACCCUCAUUGUCUCUGGCUGUUCAAAACUCAGCAAAUUGCCAGAGGACCUGGGGAGGUUGCAAUUCUUGAUGAAACUUCAAGCUGAUGGAACUGCUAUAACACAACCACCUCUCUCACUUUUUCAUUUGAGAAACCUUAAAGAGUUAUCUUUUAGGGGUUGUAAAGGAUCAACAUCUAACUCCUGGAUUUCAUCCCUUCUAUUCAGGUUACUGCAUAGAGAAAAUUCAGAUGGGACUGGUUUGCAGUUGCCUUAUUUGUCAGGUUUAUACUCCUUAAAAUAUUUAGAUCUUAGUGGCUGCAAUCUAACAGAUAGAUCUAUCAAUGACAAUAUUGGCCACUUACGCUUCUUGGAAGAAUUAAACCUUAGCAGAAACAAUUUGGUUACCAUACCUGAGGAGGUGAAUAAACUUUCUCAUCUAAGGGUCCUUUCUGUGAAUCAGUGCAAAAGGCUUCAAGAAAUUUCCAAGCUCCCACCAAAUAUAAAAUUAUUAGAUGCUGGGGAUUGCAAAUCCCUUGAGUCUUUAUCAGUUCUAUCUCCACAGUUGCCACAGUACCUAUCGUCUUCCUCUUGCCUUCGUCCUGUAACUUUCAAACUGCCGAAUUGCUUCGCACUAGCUUGGGAUAAUGUGACAACUAUACUGGAGAAACUUCAUCAGAACUUUCUUCCAGAAAUUGAAUACAGUAUUGUUCUUCCUGGAAGUACAAUUCCAGAGUGGUUCCAGCAUCCAAGUAUCGGAUCCUCAGUAACAAUAGAUCUGCCUUCAAAUUGGCAUAACAAGGACUUCCUGGGUUUUGCUCUAUGCUCUGUGUUCUCACUUGAGGAGGAUGAAAUAAUUCAAGGCCCUGGUCUGAUUUGUUGUAAUUUUGAAUUUAAAGAAGGGCCUUAUUUGAGUAGCUCCAUCUCUUGGACACACAGCGGAGACAGAGUGGUUGAGACUGAUCACAUAUGGCUGGUGUAUCAACCUGGUGCUAAACUUAUGAUACCCAAGUCCAGUACCCUCAAUAAAUUCAGGAAGAUUACAGCUUAUUUUAGUCUCUCUGGGGCAUCCCAUGUGGUGAAAAACUGUGGAAUCCAUCUUAUAUACGCCCGAGAUAAGAAAGUGAACCAACAAACAAGGUAUACUAGUGCCAAGAGAAGCAGUGAUGGAAGUGGUUAUUACUGUCUUGAAGAAACACAACCUAAGAGGCUAAGAGGAGGAGAGAUCUGUGAGGAAGGAUCCCAUGCUUAAACUCAUCCAAAAAUGCUUAAACUCCAAGAAUGGCUUAUGUCAGCUUAUUGUUGAGGAGUUCCCUGCCGUGGAGAGGAAAACCGUUUUGAUCCACUGAUUUGUUAGGAUACCACAGUUAUCCCCUGUUUUCAGCAUGUUAUACUGGAGGUGGCCAUCUUAAUUUUGUUGGUCUUUUUUAUGGUUUUGGCUCGGAAACCUCUAGAACAAGUUCAGAAUGCAUGAAGACAUAUGGUACAUGGAAACCUCUCUAAUUUGGUCAACUACCAGCUAAAGGUUGGCCACAAUGCCCCUCCCAAGAAAAUGAUGCCUUAAAAAGUAAGGCUUGAACUUGUAUGUGGCUGGGAUUUGGUGUCGGCCUGAGAAAUAUAUGCAAGAUCGAGUUGGCUCGGGAUUUGAUAUUGGCUCAAGGAGUAAGCUAGAGAUUGUGUGUUCUUGGGAUUUGGUGUUAGCCUAGGAAGUUUGUCCAAUGUUGUUGGCUUGAGAUUUUGUGUUACUAAAAAACCACAGAAAAAGGAUUAAUUUGAUCCCAUUAACAACCUUGGUAGGACAUUAUUGCAGGA